UUCUUCGCCUUGCAACAUGUCAACCACAGAUACAAUUCGGAAAGACCUAGCUAAGCACUUUGGGGCUGCUGUAAACCAGGAUGAUCUAAUGGAGAAGUGCGUUUCCAUUUGCACCGAAUUGGGCCUAACAGGAGAAGAUCUUUACUACAAGUGGGAGGCUUUCUCAUAUUCGGCGAGAACGCAGAAUAGCAUGAUUUCGUUCUUAACUGCGGAAGGCGCUGAGAGCUUGGCUCAGAAAUUGCGACAGGAACAUGCUAUGGCGUCCUUGAAGACUCCAGCUAAAAGUACGCAGACCAGCUCUCGAGCCAGGGGGCUCCCACCUUCGGCUCUGCGUGGUCUUACCAGCUCGACCUCCAAGCUUGCAUCAAGUCCCUUUCCCACCCCUAAGAAUGCAGCUGUGCUCAAGCAGCCAGCAGAAUCGCCCGGCUCCACGGUAGUUCACCAUAAACCCGAAGCCCAGUUCACACCCCCUUACAACUCAACUGACUACGACUAUCGAUAUAUGUAUGAGAAGCUGUCGGAACGCUCUGAAGUGAUGGAUGAUCUCAUCGACGAAUUUUCAGAAAUCAUUAAAUCCCACUAUGGGAUAGAAGAAUUUCACGAUCCAUCGCGAGUUUCAGAGGAAGGCGUCAUGGUCGUCACUCGCAUAUGCUCCGAUUUUGAUCUAGAGGCUGGCACGAAGUUAACCGAAAACUCAAUAUUACUCGAAUCCUCGCGCAAUUUAGGGCAUGGUAGCCGAGUGCCUCUGGCAUUCUCUCCUGAAUGCAGCAUUAGGAAUGAGGCUGGUGUACAAUUCGAUGGAUCCGGGCGACCGGGUAUGGGAUUCUUUCCUGGUCAACUUGUUCUUCUCAAAGGGAGGAAUGGCGACGGACUGAGAUUCGUUGCGUCGGAAGUUUGGCCGCUUCCGAGGCUGCGUGCACCCUCUCACAUAUACUCAGCGAAAGGGGCCGCCAAAAGGACAGAGAUCAUGGUCGCUGCCGGGCCGUACACCUUCGACAAAGAUUUGGAAUUCACACCAUUCUCGAGGCUUCUCUCUGAAGUGCAAAGACGACAACCAACCGCUUUAAUCCUGAUGGGCCCAUUCAUUGACUGUAAUAAUGAGUUAAUCAAGACAGCCAAUAUCACUGAAAGCCCAAUUGACACAUUCCAAAAGUGUAUCUCGGCACCCCUUGCCGCGCUACUGGGAAAUGUUCCUGGCCUAUCAGUCGUCCUAGUACCGAGUAUCCGAGAUGUCAUUCAUGACCAUUGUGUUACCCCUCAAAAACCCCUCGCUCAUGAGAGAUUGGGCCUUUCGAAGUAUAUCCAUCUCGUUCCGAAUCCUUCCAUCUUUACCAUCAAUGAUAUUGCUAUUGGCGUUGGCACUGCCGACACCCUGAUGCAUAUCAACGGUCAGCAAUUUUUGAAACGCUUCCACUUAUCCUCCGAGCCGCCGCUUCCAUCCACCUCUGGGUAUCUGUCUGCAGUUCAAUCUUCUGACCCCAUGUCCCUCCUCGCUCGCCACAUAUUAGAACAACGAAGCUUCUAUCCCGUAAAUCCUGGUCCUCGAGAGCAGUCAAGCACUGUUAAUCUAGAUGUCACACAUUCCCAUCUAUUGCGAAUAGGCGUGACACGUCCUGACAGUGCCGCGAAACAAGAAGAGGGAACAAUAAAGAGGGAAGAGCAUGAUUUGACACUCGAUGAAUCCUGGGACGGUUCAGCGCCUCACAUCCUUAUCUUACCUAGCCGUUUAAAGCAAUUCCACCGGAUUGUAGAUCACACGAUGGUGGUAAACCCCAGCUUUGCCACUCGGGGGCAAGACGUGAACUCUUAUGCAAGAAUGUCGGUGCCUCCUGCGUCAUCCGUUGGGCCUGCAACCCCAUUGAACGAUGCUUCAGUCGACCCGGCGCCAUCUCUGGCCUCCAAGAUGAGUGUCGACCUCGUGAAAAUGGAUUUCUGA